GGUAGAAGCGUUUGUGGGAUAUUAAGGCCACCUUCGAUUUUUAAAUGGAAGGCUUUCAGGGCGAGUUGAACGAUCCACAACAGAAGAAGGAACCUUUACUUCUAUGCUGGCGAACCUAUUUGUUUCAGGUCAUGCAAGCGAAAACGGCCCACUUUAAUACCAAAUUUAAAGUUUCUACGUUCCGUUAAACCGGCGACGCUGCUGACAAAAGGUACGACCUGGGGUUGUGUCGGGAUAGCCAGCAAAGCGUUUGUCAGCGGCAGUGGAGAGGAAUCGAGUAGAACGGUGGAUAGAGAUCGAGCGAAGGGGGUGGGGAGCGCGACGUUCGGUGAUAGAAGAGGAAGGAGGAGAAGAGGAAGUCGAGAGAAGAGUGUAGGCGCAGGCGCCGUGGGUGAUGUGAGGCUGGCGCCCGCCUCACGUUUGGGGUGAUGCCCUCCAGUGAGCCUCAUCCCCCCCAGUACCACCUUCAGCACCACAAUAUUCCUCCCUCGCAUCUUCAACAACACACGUCGGCCGCGAUCGGACAGCAUCAGCUCUAUCAGCAGCUGGUGGCGGUCCAUCAACAGCAGCAGCAGCAACAACAGCAGCAGCAGCAGCAGCCGAGACAGCAGCAACACGGCGGGCCAUUUCAAAAUUCCGCGUUCACGAAGCAGAAGCAGGAGAUGAGCCCGGAGGAGGAGGGGGGUCGAGGGGGCGGGUCCCCCCCGGCAGCAGGGGCUGCGUUACAUCAGCCCCAUCACCCCCGGACGGCCAGUCCACCCUCGGGCACGGAACCCUGCACCCGUGAUGCCAUACCGACGCCUACACCGAUCGCGGAUACCACAACGACCACCACCACGACGACAAUGACCAUGCAGUCGCAGGGGCAGCAGCAACAGCAGCAACAACAGGAGCAACAGGGUCCGAGCCCUAGCCCCAGUCCAACCGGCGACGACGUGGAGAAAUUCGACGGGAAGAUCGUCUAUAAUCCGGACGGUUCGGCGUACAUUAUCGAGGGAGAGAGCGAGCUGAGCGAGGACGAUUCGUUACCGGACGGCUGCAUCGUGGACGGUCGCGGGGUGUCGGUACCCCACUCGCUGGUAUUCCCUCAGAUCGCGAGCGCGUACUACGUGUCGAGGCUGUACGCGCACCAGGCGUAUCAGCAGCAACAGCAACAACAGCAACAACGCUCGGCGGCUCAACAGCACAAUCCCGAUCUUCCCGUGAUGCACAGUUACCGGGUGAUUAGUUACAGAAGCGCAGAAGGUAGCAAACAACCGCCUCCGCCACCGGCAGCUCCACCGCCUCCAGCGGCAUCCGUACCCGUGAAACCGAUAUUGAUGUGUUUCAUAUGUAAGCUCAGCUUCGGCUACGCGAAGAGUUUCGUCGCGCACGCUCAGGGCGAGCAUCAGCUGACCCUGAUGGAGGACGAGCGGCAGGUACUUUCGCAUUCGACCGCGUCGGCUAUCAUCCAGGCGGUGGGCAGAGGCAAGCAGCCGCUGGUCAGCUUCCUCGAGCCCGUGACAAGUUCCACUUGCACGCAGCCGUCCUCGCAAAGUCAACAGCAGCAGCGGACCGAGUCCACUGAUCACGACACGCCGACCACGACCAGCACGCCUGCCAGCACUCCCGGUGUACCGAGCAGUCCGCAGCAACAGCAGCAACAGCAGAGGCCGUCGCCAAGCACGCCAACCACGCCCACAUCUCAUUCGAAUCAUCCCCUCGCGUACAAUCAUCAACAAACUCAACAGCAUCAAUGGACCGGUCCUCAGGUUAGCGCCGCGUCUUGGGCUAAAGCGCCGGACGCCAGCAUGCAUUAUACGUCACCACCGCCGCCCACCUCGUCGACCAAGGGAUCACCGUCCUCGUACGCCGCGUUGACCCAGCAACCGCCGAAUUUCCUCACAGGCACUACCAUCGGCGUCUGUCCCGAGCAUAUGCAGGGGAGGCCGAGCGGGGUCGAGUGCCCGAAAUGCGAAUUGAUCCUAGCCAGCAGCAGACUGGCCGGCCCUGGUGGCCCCCUAGCCGGCAUUCACAGUAGAAACUCGUGCAAGACACUGAAGUGUCCGAAAUGUAACUGGCACUACAAGUACCAAGAGACUCUGGAGAUACACAUGAAGGAGAAGCAUCCGGAAAGCGAAACGUCGUGCAUAUAUUGCAUCGCGGGUCAACCGCAUCCGAGGUUAGCCCGCGGUGAGACGUACACCUGCGGAUAUAAGCCGUACCGUUGCGAAGUGUGCAACUACUCGACCACGACGAAGGGCAACCUCAGCAUUCACAUGCAGAGCGACAAACAUUUGAACAACAUGCAGGAGCUUCAACAGGGCGGCGGCGGUGGCUCGGCCGCGAGCAAUCCAUCGUCGUCGCAGGACGCGCCGAUGCCCACUAGGAGUCCGCACCAUCAACAGAAUCACAGUCCCCACAUCGGCGGCCAGGCUGGUAGCCAGGGCAAACCGAAGCCUACGUUUCGCUGCGACGUCUGCAACUACGAGACGAACGUCGCGCGUAAUCUGAGGAUACACAUGACCAGCGAGAAACACACGCACAACAUGCUGGUGCUGCAGCAGAACGUGAAGCACAUGCAGACUCUAUCCGCGCUCCAGUCGCACCAUCAACAGGCGCAGCAUCACCAUCAGCAGGCACAGCAGCAGCACCAACAGCAACAACUCGAACAAUUAUUACAUUUGGGCGGCCUGGACAAACCUCAACACGCGGAAGCCGCUCUGGCCGACAUGGCGUAUAACCAGGCGCUGCUUAUUCAGAUGAUGACCGGCGGCCAGCUACCGCCGCAGCUUCCGCCGGAGAUCAUGGGUGGCAUGGCGAGCAUGGGUGCCAUGGGCAACCUUGGCGGCGACGUCGGCUUGUCGCCCGACAGUAUGGAUCCACCACCGGAGCCGGCAGACCCGGAUCCCUCUCAUUUGUACCACUGUUGCGUAUGCAACAACUUCGCGACGGACUCGCUCGAAGCCCUCGGCCAUCAUUUGGCCGUCGAUCGGACGAGGACGCGUGAGGGCGAGAUCCUAGCGCUGGUCGCCGGCCACUUCGUCUGCAAACUCUGUUCCUACAAGACCAACCUGAAGGCGAACUUCCAGCUGCACUGCAAGACCGACAAGCAUCUCCAACGUCUGCAACAUGUGAACCACGUGAAGGAGGGCGGACUUAGGAACGAAUGGAAGCUGAAGUACCUGGCGUCGCCCACGAGCGCCGCGCAAUUGCGUUGCCACGCGUGCGACUAUUACACGAACAGCGCUCACAAACUCGCGCUUCACGCGGCUUCUCCCAGGCACGAGGCAGCCGCGCUUCUCCUUCGUCAUCUACUCGAGGCAAGCGCGAACGUGCCCUCCCAGGCGAAGCUUUAUCACUGCGCGUUGUGCGGGUUCAGCGCGCGUCACCGGCUGCCGCUGCUCCAGCACGUGCGCUCGUUGAGACAUCUCCAAAUGGAGCAGCUGCACCAGCUUCACCGUCGCAGCGGUAUACAGGGCAACGAAACUCCUCACACGGACAUCGGUGACGUUUUUCAAGUUAUGAGCGAUCCCGACGCGCCACCCGCGCAACAAUCCAGUCCCACUACGCCGACCACGCCGAAUGCUACCAGUGCCAACAAUGAACGACGCGAGGAAGGUAGCGACUGCGGCAGCGAGGUGAAGCAGGAACCGGACAACGACCAGGAACCGGAACAAGAGCCAGAGAACGAUCAAGACGAUGUCAGCUGCCCAUAUUGCACUUAUCAGCCGACGUCGCGCGACGAACUACGGCAACAUCUGCAAGUGGCGCACGUCCAGGAUGCGGAGGAUAAGGCAGAGGCUUGCGUGAAAGAAGAGCCGCCGCCGGAAUUAUUGUGCCCGUUGUGCCAGGACGGUUUCAAAGAGCGUUCCGCGUUGGAGAAGCACGUGAUGCAGAUACACUCGGUGAACUCGGACGGAUUGCAACGAUUGCUAUUACUAGUGGAUCAGAGCCAUUGGUUGAACAACAACCCGAGGAGCACGUCGACGCCGGCCGUGACGACACCCACGUCGCCCACCACGACCACUAAACAACCGGCCGAAGAGGAUUUAAGCGAGCGUGGCGCGAACGACGAGAUCGAGGAGAUCACGCGGUGCACCAUCUGCGGGCGUGUAUGUCGCUCGCUGGAAGAGCUGCAGCAACAUCACAGGGAAACUCAUCCGGCUACCACGCCGACGUUAGCAGUCAGCGAGAAACACGUGUACAAGUACCGAUGCGGACAGUGCAGCUUGGCGUUCAAAACGUUGGAGAAGCUGCAACAGCACUCGCAGUACCACGCGAUCAGGGACGCGACCAAGUGCGCGCUGUGCGGCCGUUCGUUUCGCUCGGUCCAGGCGUUGCAACGGCACUUGGAAUCGGCGCACGCGGACUUGCACGAGGACGAGCUCGCGCAGUACAAACAGAGCCUGUUGCACGCGAAUCCGCUUUUCCAGGCGCUCACCGAGGAAGCUCUGCGCAGGCAGGGUAACUUAACCGGGGAGCAGAACGUCGAAGACGACGCGAGUAAAGCAGAUGAGGAAGAGAGUGACGCGAGCGACUCGUCGCCGUUGCACAAGGAACAGCGACUGCUGGAGGACUACUUAAACAGCCAGCCGGUUGCGGAGGAUUCGUAUCACGAUCCCGGGAGGAAAUUUAAGUGUCACCGUUGCAAGGUCGCAUUCACCAGGCAGAGUUAUCUGACCGGGCACAAUAAGACGCUGCUGCAUCGCAAGGGAGAGAAGAUGUCCUAUCCGAUGGAGAAGUAUCUGGACCCAAACAGGCCGUAUAAGUGCGACGUAUGCAAGGAGAGCUUUACGCAGAAGAACAUUCUGUUGGUACAUUACAACAGCGUGAGCCAUUUGCACAAAUUGAAACGAGCGAUGCAGGAGCAGGGUAAUAACAACACGUUAAUAUCGGUAGUUCCACCGGCGAGUCCGACGGAGUCACCCGACUCGCAGCAAGAUCAGGAUAAGAAACCGUACAAGUGUAACAUCUGCAAAGUGGCUUAUUCACAGGGUAGUACUCUGGAUAUACACAUGAGGAGCGUUCUGCAUCAGACAAGGGCCAGCAAGCUGCCGGAUCUCGCUGCCAGUGGACAAUUAGACUUAGCUCGUCCGUUGAUCGAACAGCCACCACCUAGCAGUCCGAAUAGUCCGCCGGUGAACACCAGUACAUCCGGUAAUAGCGGAACGAUGCUUUCAUGUUCACGAUGCAGCGCUCUAUUCGUCAAUCAAGAACAACUCGCCACGCAUCAACAGCUCUACUGUAUAUUCAGUAACCCGUUGGCUUUGUUUCAACAGCUGGCGGCGUCGCAACAGCUCGCCUCGUCCACGCCUUCAUCCGCGAAAACGCCGCCACCAACGAGCACCACCCCCGGUCCCCAGCCUCACAUGCAACAGAGCACCCAACACUCGACGCAAACGACGCAAGACAUACUAUCACAACCGCGGCAUAAAACAUCGCAAAUGUACACUCACCUCCUGGAGAGCUUUGGAUUCGAUCUGGUAAUGCAAUUCAACGAGAAUCAUCAAAGGCGUCAACGCAAGGAAGAGGAAGCUGCUGCUGCGCUUCAAGCGCAACAGGAACAGCAGAAGCAGGAGCAACAGAAACAGGCGCUCGCCGCUCAGGCUGCCCGUGAAAGGGAGGAAGAGGCCGAGGAGCACACGGAUGACGACGUGAUACCGGAACUGACCAGGAGCACCUGUCAGCAUUGCAAUAAAGAGUUUAGCAGUGUCUGGGUGCUGAAGGCGCACUGCGAGGAGGUGCACCGUGAUCUAGUGCCUCGCGAAUUUUUAGAGAAGUACGCCCAACAGUUUAAAUGUGAGUACGAGAAGAAGAGCGUCGUGGUGACCGCCGCGACGUCAUCCUCUACGUCCUCCGGGCCGAGGAGCUCGACGCCGGCCAGCGGCCAACCACAGGAUCUCACUUCGGACAAGGAACAACGUGAUAAGGAGAAGGAGGAAACAGUUGAGAACAAAGAUCGCGUCAGCAAGACUCCGGAGGCUACGUCAACGACUCCAGCAACGACUCCAGCACUCAGUAACACGCCUGUCUCCAGCACCGAUUCAGCGACUCCUACGGUGUUACCGACGAAUUCAUCGCAACAUCUUCAGCAACAGCAGCAACAGCAACAGCAACAACAACAGCAACAUGCUCAGCUUACUCUGGCCCAGCAAAUGACCGAAAUACAAGCCGCGUUCAAUGCCAUGGCUGCGUCGCAGCUGCAACAACAGCUUCAGCAAUACCCCGGGCUCAUGAUGGGCAUGAUGGGACUACCGCUCGGACUGAACGUCCCCGCUCUGGCUGCCAUGAAUUUGCAACCACCACUGGUACCGAUGAUGUUACCACCCCCGCCGUACGAUGGAACCGCCACCGGAUAUCCGCCGAUCAACGCCCAGGCUGAUCUUCUGGCCAAACAGCAUCUCGCCUUGCAGCAACAACAAGCAGCAGCCGCAAACGCGGCUGCCUCGCAGAAACGAGCGCGUACGCGCAUUACCGACGAACAACUAAAGAUAUUGCGCGCCCAUUUCGACAUCAACAAUUCUCCCGGCGAGGAGCAGAUACUAGACAUGGCGGCGCAGAGUGGUCUGCCACCAAAGGUGAUCAAGCACUGGUUCAGGAACACAUUAUUCAAAGAGAGGCAGCGUAACAAGGACAGCCCGUACAAUUUCAACAAUCCGCCGAGCACAACGUUGAACCUGGAGGAAUACGAGAAGACCGGCGAGGCAAAAGUGACGCCGUUAAACUCGAGCGUGUCUGGGAGUAGUUCCUCGGACGAUAAGAGCCCGAACAAGCAGGCGACGCCUCCACCAUCGUCGAUCACCGUGAACGCGUCCCAGACUAGCGAGAUUAAGCAAGAGGUGCAGGAAGUUCAACCCCAGUGUCACGUUCAAUCGCAGCAGUCGCAACAACUACAACAGCAGCAACAGGAGGAACAGCAACAUCACUCUCCCGGAAGUUCCGGCGGGCAGCAGUCCAGGCCGCAUUCCCCGGCGCUGAGCAUGAGCUCGGUUUUUUCCGGUAUCCAUCACGACGUCUCGUCUCACGCGACGACGACCAGCGCGCCUAGCGCGCCGAUGCUCCCACCAAAGCUCACGCCGCAGAAUUUUGCCAGUCCGAGUCCCAGCGCGAGCACCGUUGUUCCGGGCGCUAUUGCCGCGAUGGCGUUGACGCCGCAAAGAUCUUUGAGCCCCGGCCGCGGCCCGACCGACUACUCGUUCGCCAGCAGCGGUAACGGCAGCAACUCGUCCGGCGGCAGUUCCGGAAAACGGGCGAACCGUACGCGAUUCACCGACUACCAGAUAAAGGUGCUGCAGGAAUUCUUCGAGAACAACGCCUAUCCGAAGGACGACGAUCUGGAGUAUCUGAGCAAACUGCUGGGGCUGAGUCCGCGCGUGAUCGUAGUCUGGUUCCAGAACGCGAGACAGAAAGCGCGUAAGGUUUAUGAGAAUCAGCCAGCCGCCGAACCAGUGACCACGGGUAGCCGCGAGGGCGACGACGGUUCCGGCCGCUUCCAACGGACCCCAGGCUUGAAUUACCAAUGCAAGAAGUGUUUGCUGGUGUUUCAGAGAUACUACGAGCUCAUACGUCAUCAGAAGACGCACUGCUUCAAGGAGGAGGACGCGAAGCGGAGCGCCCAGGCGCAGGCGGCCGCGGCCCAAGUCGCCGCGGUCCUCAGUUCCGAAGAUAGCAACAGCAGCUCGGCCACUACCACCACCGCUGCUAACACGAUGUCCAGUAAUCAAGCGAACACUCCCGCCCUCGCGGAACAGCUACAACAACCGUUGAACGCUACCACGUCACCGCUCCAUCAACAACAGCAGACGAUCGGACAGUCGCAGCAGCAGCAGCAACAGCAGUCACAACAGCAGCAGUCUCAACCUCAGCAACAGCAACAGCAGACCGAGUCUAAGGAGGGUAGCUUUCAAUGCGACAAAUGCAACCUGAUGUUCGGCCGAUUCGAACUCUGGCGCGAACAUCAGCUCGUACAUAUCAUGAACCCAUCCCUGUUCCCACCAGCCUAUCCACCGGAUUCACCGUUCGGAAUACUACAACAACAAGCGCUGAACGCUACCACCGGAGUAGCCACGGACACUCCCCACCCGUUGAUCGCGAUGAUGCAAGACAGGAAGAGGAAGUACGAUGACGCCGACGAGGGAUCCACCUGCGACACUCGCUCUAACUCCGAGCACAGCGAGCAGCCGAAGGACAAACGAUUACGAACGACGAUACUGCCGGAACAGUUAGAUUAUUUAUAUCAGAAAUACCAAGCCGAAUCGAAUCCGUCGAGAAAGAUGCUGGAGACCAUCGCGCGCGAGGUCGGCUUGAAGAAACGAGUAGUACAGGUGUGGUUUCAGAACACCCGCGCCCGCGAACGCAAGGGCCAGUUCCGUGCGCAUAGCCAAGUGAUCAACAAGCGCUGUCCAUUCUGUCCGGCUCUGUUCAAAGUGAAGUCUGCGCUGGAGUCACAUCUGAGCAGCAAACACGCCGAUCAGGUUGCCCGGGGUGAGGUCAAUAUCGAUAACAUCCCUGACGAGGAGCUGUCGAUGGAGUCAGCUCCGUCGAACCAAGGCACGCCGAACAUGAUGCCGCCGCUGUUUCCACCGUUCAACACCGAAAUGGAGGCCUCUUUAAAGAAGUACUACGAGGAGUCAAUGAAACGAUACAUCAGCGAAUUACAGGCGCAUGCUAGCAAUGGGAAGCAGGAGACGGCGAACCACCAAACCGCCGGUGGUAACAGCGGCGAGUCCCCGUUGGAUCUGAGCAAGCCGGUCGAUCUCAGCCGUCCCAUGAAGCUGAGCCUCGGCGGGUUGAGCAAUCUUCUCGAUGAGCAGCACGUUGUGCAUUUCCGCGGCGGCAGCGACUGCGGCCCGCUGACUGACCUCUCCGAGCGCAGCAUCUGCGACGACGACAGCAUGAGCGAGACCACCGAGUUCCUCGACGACGAGAGCGGACCAGCGAGCCCAGCGUCCAGCACGCAGAGCUCCAGGCAGGGGCCUGCGUCGGCUGGCACCGGAAGCACCACCGCUCCGCCGGUCGCCGGCACCGGAACCAGCAGCACCGGCCAGUCCAGCGGCAAAAGAUAUCGCACCCAGAUGUCGGCUACGCAAGUGAAGGUGAUGAAGUCGCUGUUCUCGGAUUAUAAGACCCCCACUAUGGCCGAGUGCGAGAUGCUCGGGCGAGAGAUCGGUCUGCCCAAGCGGGUCGUUCAGGUUUGGUUCCAGAACGCACGGGCGAAGGAGAAGAAAGCGAGACUGGCGGCGGGCCUGCCCGCCGAGGGCUCGGCCGUUCAACCCCACCGGGGACCGACCGGGCCUGACGAAUGUAGACUGUGCUCGGUCCGCUACUCGGCCAAAUCGCCGCUCCAAGAGCACGUAUUCUCGCGACGACACAUCGAAUCGGUGCGUGUCGCCGUCGAGGAGGGUAGCCUCGUGCCGCCGACACCCGGUGCACCGAUCGUUCCUGCCGGGAACUCGGGCGCAGCGGGGAUCGUCGGCUCGCCGGUGGUUGGCCAGCAAGCGACCGGUAAUCAACAGCAGCAACAGCAGCAGCAGCAACAACAAUCGGACGAAAACAUGAUGUACGGAUCCUUGUUCCUCCAUCCAACGGCGAUGUUCCAGCCGCAGCAACAGCAACACCCGGGCGCCGGGGCGACCAGCACGGCUACAACCACGGCCGUAGCGGUUCCAGGUUUGAGCGGCGGCAUACACGGAAGCGGUCUGAUGCCGUUGCACGUGGAGGGCGGCACCCAGGUCCAGGUGCCGCGAUCGCUGAUGCAAGCGUUCCCACCGGGUCUGGAGACGGUGCGACUGCCGACGCCUCUUUGCGGAUCCGACGAUAACGGUCCGCCGCCACACUGUCGCGAGGUGGAAACGGAACUGUGUCUGGUGUGUCGCCGAUGCGGCCGCGCGUAUCCGCAGGAGUCGACGCUGCUCGCUCACCAACGCUCUUGCUAUUUGGGCAAUCAGCAGCGUCGCGGCGCCCUGCGCCUCGUUCAAUCUCGGUACGCCUGUUCCCUCUGCGACGGGAACAACCCCGCUCGGACUUACACCACGAUCAGCGAGUGGCGGCGUCACGCCGAGACGUUGCAGCACCGAGCCCGGCUCGAGGCGAGCCAAGAACGCCAACAGCAACAGCAACAGUUUGUCAAUAUCGAUACCGAGCCUGGGGGACAGUGCGGCGAGGAGGUGCAGCCGCUCACGGACGAGAUGGAGGACGUGGUGAACCAGAUCACGCUGUUGGCUGCUCGCGCGGCCGCCGAGAGCACCACCAGUCAGCCCCAGGGUAACGAGAGGACGAGCCAGGACAACAACAACGCUCCCGAUGUGAAGAGGCAAAAGCUGGUCCAGGAGGUCGCCGCUCUGGCCGGUGCGCGUUAAAGGAGCUUUGCCUUAUCGCGUUAUGAAUCGUCGCAAAGGCGGACGGGGUGUGCGCAACGAGAACGAAAAGGACCGGAGAGAGAGAGUGUUCGACGGGUGCUCAUCGAGAGAGAAGUACUCGACAAAACGAAAGCAAACAACGUUCCUAAACUGGCUAGAUAAAGGGGAGGGGAUUCCGACCUGUACAGGCAGGAACUAUCGCCCGUGGGGUGAAACGGGGGAGGCUUUUUCUUCCGAGGAAUCCCGCGGGACCUCCGAGGUUUACUCGAGCGUGGACGGUGGACCAAUCACGAGGAUGCCGCGCGUUAUAGACCUAUAUCUUCUCUCUACGAAAAUGUGUACCUCGUUUUGUUUCGCCCGUGCACGGCCACUGUCGCGCGCGCAAUCACCAAUUUUACCAAAUAUUUUUGUUACUUGUACACACAGUAAUAAGCGCGCCACCGAGGCAACGCGCUUCAUCCAAAGUUCCUUCGAUAGACAGAAUGCGAGGAGGUUCGGGAGGUAAUGUAACCGGGGGACACGUGUAACGGACGAGAGUGAAUCGAGUUCACGAUGUAUGUAUAUCAGCGUUGCUUUCAGCCGUUCGCGCGAUUCAAACGAGUUGUUUUUUUUUCUUCGUAUAAACUGAUACCGUGUAAACUAUAUAUACCAGUCGCAUCGCGAUUCGAGAAGGAGACGACUGCGCGGACGAAGAGAUCGCGCGCGGAGGAGAAACGGCCCGAGGAGGAAAAAUAGUGUGGGGAUGGGGGUGAGAAAGAAGAGAAAAAUUAACGAGCGACGUCCGCAGACGCCGGACGCGUCGAGGUGGGCUGACUUUAAACGUUCCUAUGUAAAGUAAUAAUAAAGAUUUAAUGAAAGGAGGAAACAAAAAAAAAAAAAAGUUACUAAACGAGCGAACGAGACGUUCAUGGCGCGGCGAAGUAGGAUAGAUAUGACGACGCGACGCGACGUCCGCGGAAACUAGUGCGUCGCGCUCGUGUUUAACGAAUACGUACGUACAUAUUCAUCUCUAAAUAAGGAACAAGAAGACGAAGAAGAAGUAUGAGAAGAAGAAGAAAUGAAAUGAGAAGAAAAUAAGAACGAUGAAAACGUGAGAAAUCUUCACUCUCUAUCUCUCUAUCUCUCUCUUUCUCUUUUUACGCGCGUGUGUAUGGGUGGUACUGCGAAGAGAGGUGUGCGUCGGUUAGACGGCGAGAACCACGGAGUGUUUAAUUAACGAUUAUCGUUCGUGACGAACGCGGAGAAAAUCACGUCAUCGCGUUCCUCUGUUUUCACUCGGGAUUCACGGGAAACGGACGGUAGGCACGCGGACGAUCGGAGAAAAUGAUUCGUUGGCAGGACUUCCAUCGGGUAAGGCCACGCGCACACGUGCACACACUCACACCCAAUCACUCUCGACACGUACACACACGUGCAUACACGCAUACACGAGCCUAGUAAUAUCCAUUUUACGGUGAAAGUUUCGUGGAGGAACACUCACACAGGGCACGACAACCCCGCGGCUGGGAGGGGUUUCAUUUUUUCAUUUUCGUUAGGGUUCCGGUGAAAACCGUCGCGCGAAUUCGUUCGCGGUUUUUUCCGUUCGUUCGUUCGUUCGUUCAUUGGCCGCGAGACGAAGCUGAUAAAUUUCAGGGGUGGGUAAAUGCGAGAUGACAAAGACUAAAGACGGAAAGGUGGCAAGUGUGGUCGCGAUGCCCGUCGUGACACGGAAACGGAGGAGAGCGUUCACGAAACAAGCAAAGACCCAGCAACAUGGUUCCUAUAUUUAAUAAAAUUAUAUUUAAUAACGCUAAACAACAAAAAACUAACGAUUAGUAAUAAUACUAAUGAUAAUAAUAAACAUAGUAAUAAUAAUGAUAGUAAUAAUGGUAAAUAGUUAUAGCUAUUUAUAGCUGUAAUCGAUUAUUGCUACAUAGUUGAUCGUCAAUCGGUCGGCCGUUUCAACCGGAUACGAAUCGAGCGUCAGCGCCGAUCGACACGGGGGAGGUAAACGGAUCCUAUUUUCAUCGUUUCCCGCGGACACCGGUCGGUCGCCCUCGAGCCCUGGUGCUCGCGGGGAAAGUGAAAACAAUAAUUGAGAAUGACACAAGAGAAUGUCGCAGAGCCUCGGUAGAGGGAGGAGAAAGGAAACGUGGCGGUGUCACCUCUCUCGAUCGGCGGACUCGGUGGUUUUGUAAAGGUCUGCUCGGGAACGACAAAAGAAAUUCACUACUAGCUCGUAAGUUAACGGUUAAUUACAACUAAAGAGAAAAACUGUAGAUUAUAAGGGGGUGGAUCGGGAGGAUAUGCAUCGGUAGACGACACACGGACACACUCAUGCAUAGGUAUAUAUAUAUAUAAAAAGGUAUAUAUAUAUAUAUAUAAAUAUAAAUAAAUGAAUAAAGUGAAUGAAUAAGAAAAAAGGUAUAUAUAUAUAUAUUUAAGUAGAUAAAUAUAUAUAUAUAAAUAUAUGAUGUUGUAACGUACUAGAAUCCUCGCGGGUACUGCCCGGAACGGUGACGUGUAUACACGCGUACGUACGUCGUGUUUCUCGCGUUCCUUCUUUUUUUUUGUAAAGAGAGCACACACACACACACACAUACACACACAGAUAUAUACACACAGUACAUAAGACGUAAGGGAAGUGAAGUAAAAUGAAUAUGAACAAAAGGGAAACCGGAACUGUACGUGCGUGCGAGAGAAAACAGAAUAAACAUCGUAAGGAGCGCUCGGAAAAGGAAAUGAAACAUGUUGACAAGUACAGAGAGAACGACAGGAGGGAGAGGAAAGGUACUGCCCUAAAAAUGAGUUAGCAAGAAGAGAGAGGGGUCGUAGGGGGAUACGGGGGUGGCUGCGGCAAGGCAAGUGCAUGCGGUAGUGGUCGUUAGGACGUCGAACGUGACGCGAAGUAAUAACUAUUUGUAAGGUAAUUAAGCAACUCGAGGUUCCUGUCUACAAAAGAUGCUUUUUCUAAUGUAACGUUGAUAAUAUUACAUUUGAUUAUUACGAUUAUUAUUAUUAUUAUUAUUAUUAUUACGAUU